AUGCUAGAGAAGUGUGUUAUUCCGAUCAACUACCGCACAUACUUGAGGUUACGGGCUGAGACGCUCAUGGUCUCUGGUGUGCGCGGCAAUGAGCUAAUGCAGCCAUACUCACUACGGGUAGGCGCAAACAGCCGCCUCGAUGACGUGUUUGAGAGAAACUACCGCCCGAAACAUACACGCACAUACCUACCAGGGAUAGCUUGGAAAGACCUAGCUGGUGCUAUUGCACGGGACGCAACGACCUCUCAAGCUGCUACGGUCCUUGUGAGGCGUGAUCCCAAUGCGCCCGUAUAUAUCACACAGGACGACCUGGACAGCCUCGAGCAGAGACGGGAUAUCACCGAACUUGGAAAGCAAUUUGACAGCAUCAAAAACGACGAACCGAAGCAAGAGUUGAUGGUAAAAUAG